AAGCCCCCGCCUCGCUUCUGCGCGUUUCGCAUUGUGUCUACAACAGCCGGCGAAGCGGAGAAAAAGAUAUUUUUACCGAGAGCCGUAAUGUCGGGCAGGUCGGUGCGCGCGGAGACCCGGAGCAGGGCCAAAGAUGACAUCAAGCGGGUCAUGGCCGCAAUUGAAAAAGUACGAAAAUGGGAGAAAAAAUGGGUGACGGUUGGCGACACGUCCUUGAGAAUCUACAAAUGGGUGCCUGUGAUGGAACCUAAACCCGAUGAUAAGAACAAAAACAAAAAGAAGGGCAAGGAUGAUAAGUAUGGUUCGGAAGUGACUACACCAGAAAACAGUUCUUCUCCCGGAAUGAUGGACAUGCACGAUGACAACAGUAACCAGAGCUCCAUCGCUGACUCCUCCCCUUUAAAGCAGGAGACCAGUAACAACACUAGUCCCACCCCUGAACCCAUAGCAACGGCUCAGAAUGACAGCGGCGAAGUGAAAAGCGAGCAUUUUCCCAGCAAACAGCCUUCGUCCGGCCCGGACAGCAAGACAGGAGCAAGUCAUUCCUCAUCAGAGUCCACAACAGCUAAAAGGGACGGCAAGUCCCAGGGAGAGCAAAAACACUUCACGGACUCCUCUAAAGCUGCUCAGCAGGAUAUGGAUGAUGGUGCUCCUCCGAGCAAGAAAGGCAAAUCGGACUCCUCCUCAGAAGCCAACUAACCGUCUUUGCCAACUGUUACACGCUAGUGAUCUCCCUUUCGUCUCCCUGUACGCUUUUUGAGUCUUUUUUUUUUAAAUUAUUAUUUUUUAAUCCAAACACCAAGUUGUACAUGUAUCUAUUCACCAAUUUCAAUUCAUUCUCAGACACACAGUUACCCCCUUACAGUUGCUUUACAUUUCACGAGGGGAGGGGAGGGGGUUAAUCAUGGCUCGCUCUGUCAUAACAUCACCAUUUCAGUUAGUCCUUGUUCCACACGGCCACUCGAUGUUUCAAAGCAAAUGAUCUAAUCUUUUUUUUUUCUUUUGCUCAGGAGGGUCAACACACUGUUAGCGCUGAAAUCGAUUCUGCUGCUGUAGUUCAAAGAGGUGUUUUUAAAAAAUUUUUUUAUUUUGAAGUCCAUGAAUAGCUAGUAAAAUGGCCGAUUUAAGGUCGUGAGUGAGUGGUACUAGUCACAGAUUAAAGUCUGCUGUGAAGACUGUAGCUCAUAGCAUACGUCCUGCUUGGUUGUGUGCCUUGUGAUACUGAAAUAAGCUUGUUUAGUUUGUUUGUUCGGGGUUUUUUUUUUAUUAUUACUUUUUAUUUUUUUAUUUUUUUUAUUUUAAUGUCUCAUGCAUGUCCCGGAAUUAUCUUUGCAAACUUUUCCCAGAAAAAAAAAA